AAUCAAUUUAAUCAUCAUUUUGAUGAUAGAGAAUGAUAGAGAGAGAGAGACCCACCAUUCGACGGUGGUGAUUGAGACUUGGACUGAAUAUAGUGGAGAAUUAACGGUGAUGAUCAAAUAGUUGGUCCCACAUAGUGAAUUACUGUUGCUGGGGGCCUGGGAGGGGGACUACCAUAAAAUGCUGCCAAAUUGCUACUAAUACAUUGAAUCCCUUUCUAAAAUUAUUUAUUUUAUUUUAUUUAUCUAUGUUUUUAUUUGUUUGGUGCUUAUUAAAUUGUUCUUGUUCAACAUCUGGUUAACACUUUCUCUCUCUUGUUUUUUGAUGGAAAUUAGGGGGUCAUAGCUGACAAGAAGGAUUCUGAGCAACACUAAAAUCUGGUUUAACAAACAGUUGGAAAUUGUACCUGAUAAAAUUUUGAAGAUGAAUGUUAAAGAUAUGCCAAAUUCAGAAGCUUGGAAUGAAGUGCAGCAGAAUGCUUCCCUGAACAAUCAACCCUUCAACAAUUUCACCUCUCGUGAACAGUCGAAGUGGGAAGAUCCGUCUAUACUUGAUUACAGCAUGAGAAUAAACUCUUCAUUCUCCAAAUUCAACCAACCUUCUCAGAAUUCAACCAAAAUUCCUAAACAAGAUGGGACUCAAACUCAAAUGCCUGAUGUUAGUAAUUUCGAUCCAAGAGCAACGCUCAAUAAUCUCUCUUUUUUGGAACAGAAAAUCCACCAACUUCAAGAGUUAGUUCAUAUGAUUGUUGGCAGAAAAGCUCAAGUUCAAGGCAACCAAGAUGAACUUAUUCUUCAACAGCAACAGCUUAUAACAGCUGAUUUGACUUCAAUUAUAGUUCAGUUGAUUUCAGCAGCUGGUAGUCUACUUCCAUCAAUGAAACACAACCUCUCUGCUUCUGCAACUACUUCUUCUGGUUUGUUUCUUCAACAACAAGUAAAGCAAGCUGCUACUACUUCUUCUGGGCUGUUUCUUCAACAGCAAGUAAAGCAAGCUGUUGUUGAAGAAGUUAAACCAGUAGAACAGCAGUCAACCCAGAUGGAUUCAGUGACCAAUUCUGUAACAGAAAUGAGCAGUAACAACAACAUGGAAGAAGAUCAUGAACUAAAAGAUGAAGAUGAUGGUAAAGAAGAAGAACAUCUUCCACCUGGAUCAUAUGAAAUCCUGCAAUUAGAAAAAGAAGAAAUUCUUGCACCACACACCCAUUUCUGCACAAUUUGUGGCAAAGGUUUCAAAAGAGAUGCUAAUUUGAGGAUGCAUAUGAGAGGACAUGGUGAUGAGUACAAAACACCUGCUGCAUUAGCGAAACCCAACAAGGAAGCAAGCUCAGAGAAGGUGCUUUUAAAGAGGUAUUCAUGUCCUUCUAUUGGUUGUAAGAGGAAUAAGGAACAUAAAAAGUUUCAACCUUUGAAAACCAUUUUAUGUGUGAAGAAUCAUUAUAAGAGAACUCACUGUGAUAAGAGUUACACUUGUAGCAGAUGCCAUACAAAGAAAUUCUCUGUUAUUGCUGAUCUUAAAACCCAUGAAAAGCAUUGUGGUAGGGAUAAAUGGUUGUGUUCUUGUGGAACAACUUUUUCUAGAAAAGACAAGCUUUUUGGGCAUAUUGGUCUUUUCCAAGGUCAUACUCCUGCUAUCCCUUCUGAAGAACAACAUAAAGGAACAACAACAUCUGUGCAGUCAAAUCUUUCAGAAAACUGUGAAAUGACAAAUAUGGGGUUUGGCUUUGGUUCCUCAAAUGGUGCUAAUAAUGAGAAUGUUGCUCAACUUAUGAUGGAUGGAAAGGUGAACGUCGAUGAUCCUUUCUUUUCUCUGUUAAAUUACGAAUAUAGCCUUGGUGGGCUACAAGAUUUCCCGUUAACCAACUUUGACGACUCACCAAGUUCGUUUUCGUUCCUGAAUUCUGAAGAAAAGGAUGGAAUGAUGUGUGGCAGUAGUAACGACGUGCAUUAGUAAGAAUGGGUUAGUGUUUUUUUUUUUUUAAGUUUUGUUUUUGUGCAGUGGAGCUUCUAUCAAUCCUGACCUGUUUUCAUAAUUGGAUUAAGCUCCUGUAAUUUGAUUAGCUUAAAUAAAUGCUUUUAUAUAUGAUCAUUGCACAUUAUACA